CAGCAGAGGCGGUGCGUCACGGCCACUGCCGAACAUCUCCAAAUGUCACCGGACGCAGAGGAGUGUGCGCGUCUCUGAGUGUUUUCCUGCAGGUGGACAUGUUUGGACCGCGCGUAAAGACGCACUAACAAAGAAGCUCUGACGCCUUUUCCUUGCAGCUGAGGAGGAACGAGAGGAUGUUGGCGAGGAAAAGCAUCAUCCCGGAGGACUUCGGUCUGCCGGGCCUCGCCUCCCGCAUGCCCCGCAAACCGGUGUUCAGGGACCGCGUCAACAAGGCGCGCUUCAUCGCCAAAAACGGCGCGUGCAACUUGGCGCACAAGAACAUCCGCGAGCAGGGCCGGUUCCUGCAGGACGUGUUCACCACGCUGGUGGACCUGAAGUGGCGCUUCACGCUCGUCAUCUUCACCACCACGUUCGUCAGCAGCUGGCUGCUGUUCGCCAUGAGCUGGUGGCUCGUGGCCUUUGCGCACGGAGACCUGGACCCGCAACUCAACAACACGCGCUGCGUCACAGAAGUCAAGUCGUUCACGUCGGCCUUCCUCUUCUCCAUCGAGGUUCAGGUGACCAUCGGCUUCGGAGGACGGAUGAUCACGGAGCAGUGUCCCACCGCCAUCACCGUCCUCAUCCUGCAGAACAUCGUGGGACUCAUCAUCAACGCCGUCAUGCUGGGUUGUAUCUUCAUGAAGACGGCUCAGUCCAACCGUCGAGCGGAGACGCUGAUCUUCAGCCGCCACGCCGUGAUCGCCGUCAGGAACAACCACCUGUGUUUCAUGAUUCGUAUCGGAGACCUGAGGAAGAGCAUGAUCAUAGGAGCCACCGUCAGGUUACAGGUGAGUCUUCAUCCCGACACAGAGGAUUCUAAAACACUGAGAGCAGAUCGACUGUUGUUCUGUUUUAUAACUAUACGAUUAGUUAUUAUUGAAUAA